GUUAUACACCUGCUGUAUUCAACGAAUCAGCCAGUCGGAAAUGUCCUCCUUGUUUCUGACUAGCAUGUGAACGCAGCAUCAGCCAACUCUGUUUCCCCAUAGUUGCGCAUGCGUUGGUUUCGUUGCUAAACAACCAACCCAACUAUGCCUCUUAAGGGGAAGUAAUCAGAUAACAUUACUGAGUUCGGGUAAUCCUACUGAGUACCAUUUUGGACCGGUAACAGAUUGUAACCGAUUACAUUUAGAACUUACACAACCCUGUUUAUAUCAUAAUGUGCUGUAUGUACACUACUGUACUGGAGACAAAGUCCCAUUCAUAUUGUUGCUGUUUGGACUCCAGAACAGAUGGUGGCGCUAACGCGGAUCGUCUGAGGAAUCUAACCCGGAAGAAGAAACAUACUAACGUUGAUAGUUAGCUAGCGGGGUUAUUUUGCAAGUGUGUGAGAAUGUGUCAUUUGAUACGGUUUAACGUAGGUUUUGAUAUUGCCAAACAAGAACUAUAAACGUGGAACCAACGAUGUUACCAACCACAAUUCCAUAUCGUUUUGUUAUCGGGUCUAGGAAAGUAAGUUAGCUUGUUAGCUAAAGCCUAGCUUACUGAUUUAGCUAGUUUUCAAAUAGUUCUGCAUAGAAAGCAAUCCGCUAUCUAGCUAAUGUGAACUCGUGGUGAACGGUCAGUGGAAUGAAAACGGUGAUGUCAGAAUAAUCUGCUAUAAUUCAGUGCUCUAACUACAUCAUUCAUAGGAAGCUAUAGAAGAAUUCAUGAUGGAUGAGGAUUCUGCCGACCCAUCCAACCCCCCUCUCUCCUGCUCCACUGACCCCAACCCUCCGGAGUCACUGGUUCCUGACUCUAACCACAGAGACAUGGACAACUGCAGUGAAAUACCCAGAUUUAACAUUGUAGUCAAGGAGGAGGAGGAAGACUGGGAUGUGGAUAAUAUUGGAGAGAAUCCUAACCCCAGCUCUGGUGAAGAGGCAUCAACAGAACAACACCAGGAGAAUCCUACGGCUAAGAAGCCUUGGCGAUGCCCCCAAUGUGAAAUAGAAAUCGCUCACCCAUCCAAUAUCAACAGACACCUAAGAACACACACAAAACCUGCUAAGGAGUCUUCCGUCUGUCCAGUAUGUGGAAAAGACUUUGUUCACCCCUCCAAACUGAAGAGACACCGCCGAACACAUACAGGAGAGAAGCCUUACCAGUGCUCUGUGUGCGGGAAGCGAUUCACACUGAAGCCCCACCUGGAAAGACAUCAGAUGACCCACCCUGGAGGGAAGCAGCCAGACGCGACAAAGAAGCACCCGUGCUCCGAUUGUGGAAAGGAAUGUUUCUCUGCAUAUGAACUGAAGAUGCAUAUGAGAAAGCACACAGGGGAGAGACCUCACCAGUGCUCCUACUGCGAGAUGAGCUUUGGCUGUAAGGGAACUCUAUCGAGACACGUACGACGCCAUACAGGAGCACCCACACCGAAACCUUACCAAUGCUCACAGUGUGGGAAGAGAUACGAGUCACCAUCGAGGCUCAGGCAGCAUCAGACUGUGCACACUGGAGAGAAACCUUACGAGUGCUCUGAUUGCGGGAGGGGUUUCGCUUCGACCGAAGGUCUUCGCAAACAUCAAUGCAGCCAUGCCAGUAACCAUAGCAACCAGUGUACACUGGGAAUUUCAGAAACGGCAUCAUCAGGCAGUCAAACUAUGAAUAUCAAGAUCAAAGACGAGGAACAGGAGCUGGCAAUUAAUGUCAAAGAGGAGGAGGAAAUUGGUGUUUUUGUCAAUGCUGAUAGAGAAACCUUACCGGUGUACCGCCUGUAAAAAUACCUUUGUUCACCCUAGCUCUCUAGCAAGACACUGAACCAAUCUCGUGGACAGGGAUCACAACAGCAGGUGUCUAUUCUAGUACCGGAUGUCAAAGUGAAAGAGAAGAAGGAAGAUCCUGCUUUUGGUGAGCUAAAGCGUUUAUUUUGUACGAUACUUGCGACCUCUUGCUUAAACUUAGGCUUAGUUUCUUGAGAACUCUUGCUUAAGCGUUUCCCAUGAAAUAAUGUAGCCCUAUGCUAACACGACCAGCUGACAGCAUGAGAUAACGUAGCCCUAUGCUAACACAACCAGCUGAUAGCAUGAGAUAACGUAGCCCUAUGCUAACACAACCAGCUGAUAGCAUGAGAAAAUGUAGCCUUAUGCUAACACAACCAGCUGACAGCCUGAGGAAACGUAGCCCUAUGCUAACACGACCAGCUGACAGCAUGAGAAAACGUAGCCCUAUGCUAACACGACCAGCUGAUAGCAUGAGAAAACGUAGUCCUGUGCUAACACAACCAGCUGAUAGCAUGAGAAAACGUAGCCCUGUGCUAACACGACCAGCUGACAGCAUGAGAAAACGUAGCCCUAUGCUAACACACUGGAUAGAAACCUUAUGCCUGCCCCGACUGUGACAAGAGCUUUGCUUUCGCUUCAGCCUUGAAAAGACACCAUAAGUUACACACAGGAGAGAAAACCCACUCCUGCUCUGUGUGGGGGAAGAGUUUUACUCAAUCAUCCACCUUGAAGGAUCACUUCAGGACACAUUCAGGAGAGGAUUAGUUAUCCAAGAUCCUUUAAGCUCCAAUGCCUGAAACACUCCAAUGCCUGAAACUCGAGACGCCGGGUGAGGGGCAUACAGUACCUCGUGGACUGGGAUGGGUACGGUCCGGAAGAGAGGUGCUGGGUACCGGUGGGGGACAUUUUGGACCCUUCACUUCUGAGGGACUUCCACUCGCCCCCCCGGGUCGCGCACGGGGCCGGUGGCCGCACGUCAGCCUAUUUUAGCUUGUUAGGCUCUAGUUUGUGCAGGAUUAUUUUGUGUUCACGUUUAGUGUUGGCUGUGGUUUUGUGCUCCGGACCGUGUUUUGGGUUGGUCAGUGUUUUCCGCCCUAUGUUUGGGCAUGACCGGAAUAAAGUGCCUAUUUUUCUUGAACCCUCUGCUCUCUGCACCUGACUCCUACCUUCCACUCCUAUUCAUACGUGACAAAGCAUUUUUCUACAGCUGGCCAUGUUUUCCACCUGGCUACCACAACCCCGGUCAACAGCACUGCACCCCCCACAGCAACUCGCCCAAGUCUUCCCCAUUUCUCCUUCUCCCAAAUCCAGUCAGCUGAUGUUCUGAAAGAGCUGCAAAAUCUGGACCCCUACAAAUCAGCCGGGCUAGACAAUCUGGACCCUUUCUUUCUAAAAUGAUCUGCCAAAAUUGUUGUCACCCCUAUUACUAGCCUGUUCAACCUCUCUUUCGUGUCGUCUGAGAUUCCCAAAGAUUGGAAAGCAGCUGCGGUCAUCCCCCUCUUCAAAGGGGGAGACACUCUUGACCCAAACUGCUACAGACAUAUAUCUAUCCUACCCUGACUUUCUAAGGUCUUCGAAAGCCAAGUCAACAAACAGAUUACCGACCAUUUCGAAUCUCACCAUACCUUCUCUGCUAUGCAAUCUGGUUUCAGAGCUGGUCAUGGGUGCACCUCAGCCACGCUCAAGGUCCUAAACGAUAUCUUAACCGCCAUCGAUAAGAAACAAUACUGUGCAGCCAUAUUCAUUGACCUGGCAAAGGCUUUCGACUCUGUCAAUCACCACAUCCUCAUCGGCAGACUUGACAGCCUUGGUUUCUCAAAUGAUUGCCUCUGGUUCACCAACUACUUCUCUGAUAGAGUUCAGUGUGUCAAAUCGGAGGGUCUGUUGUCCGGGCCUCUGGCAGUCUCUAUGGGGGUGCCACAGGGUUCAAUUCUUGGACCGACUCUCUUCUCUGUAUACAUCAAUGAUGUCGCUCUUGCUGCUGGUGAGUCUCUGAUCCACCUCUACGCAGACGACACCAUUCUGUAUACUUCUGGCCCUUCUUUGGACACUGUGUUAACAACCCUCCAGGCAAGCUUCAAUGCCAUACAACUCUCCUUCCGUGGCCUCCAAUUGAUCUUAAAUACAAGUAAAACUAAAUGCAUGCUCUUCAACCGAUCGCUGCCUGCACCUCCCUGCCUGUCCAACAUCACUACUCUGGACGGCUCUGACUUAGAAUAUGUGGACAACUACAAAUACCUAGGUGUCUGGUUAGACUGUAAACUCUCCUUCCAGACUCACAUCAAACAUAUCCAAUCCAAAGUUAAAUCUAGAAUUGGCUUCCUAUUUCACAACAAAGCAUCCUUCACUCAUGCUGCCAAACAUACCCUUGUAUAACUGACCAUCCUACCAAUCCUCGACUUCGGCGAUGUCAUUUACAAAAUAGCCUCUAAUACCGUCCUCAAUAAAUUGGAUGCAGUCUAUCACAGUGCCAUCUGUUUUGUCACCAAAGCCCCAUAUACUACCCACCAUUGCGACCUGUACGCUCUCGUUGGCUGGCCCUCGCUUCAUACUCGUUGCCAAACCCACUGGCUCCAUGUCAUCUACAAGACCCUGCUAGGUAAAGUCCCCCCUUAUCUCAGCUCGCUGGUCACCAUAGCAGCACCCACCUGUAGCACACGCUCCAGCAGGCAUAUCUCUCUGGUCACCCCCAAAACCAAUUAUUCCUUUAGCCGCCUCUCCUUCCAGUUCUCUGCUGCCAAUGACUGGAACAAACUACAAACAUCUCUGAAACUGGAAACACUUAUCUCCCUCAAUAGCUUUAAGCACCAGCUGUCAGAGCAGCUCACAGAUUACUGCACCUGUACAGAGCCCAUCUAUAAUUUAUCCCAAACAACUACCUAUUUCCCUACUUUAUUUAUUUUGCUCCUUUGCACCCCAUUAUUUCUAUCUCUACUUUGCACAUUCUUCCACUGCAAAUCAACCAUUCCAGUGUUUUACUUUCUAUAUUGUAUUUAUUUCGCCACCAUGGCUUUUUUUUGCCUCUACCUCCCUUAUCUCACCUCACUUGCUCAAAUUGUUUAUAGACUUGUUUCCACUGUAUUAUUGACUGUAUUGUUUGUUUUACUCCAUGUGUAACUCUGUGUUGUUGUAUGUGUCCAACUGCUUUGCUUUAUCUUGGCCAGGUCGCAAUUGUAAAUGAGAACUUGUUCUCAAUUUGCCUACCUGGUUAAAUAAAGGUGAAAUAAAAUAAAAUAGUUAAUUCAGUAUAAACAUAGUUCACUGUUUUAUCUUUUGUUUUAUAUGUAAUCUGGAUGCUUUGGUGUGUUUGGACCCCAGGAAGAGUAGCUGCUGCCUGGGCAGGAACUAAUGGGGAUCCCUAAUAAAUACAAAUACAACAUUUGGCAAAUCUAACCAUAAUUCUAUCCUCCUGAUUCCUGCUUACAAGCUAAAACUAAAGCAGGAAGUACCCGUGACUCGCUCAAUACGUAAGUGGUCAGAGGACGCAGAUGCUACGCUACAGGACUGUUUUGCUAGCACAGACUGUACACAGUGACUGUACAUACAUGUCCCAACCAGAAGCCAUGGAUUACAGGUAACAUCCGCACCGAGCUAAAGGCUAGAGCUGCCACUUUCAAGGAGCGGGGAAACACUGAAGCAUGCAUGAGAGCACCAGCUGUUCCGGACUACUGUGUGAUCACACUUUCUGUAGCCGAUGUGAGCAAGACCUAUAAACAGGUCCUCACUGUGUCGUCACUGACAUUUGACAGGUUGAAUAAGUUGGCGUGUCCAAACUUUUGACUGGUACUGUUUAUACUAGGCUGUGUCAGAGGAAGGCCCCAAAAAUUGUCAAAGACUCCUGUCACCCAAGUCAUGGACUGUUCUCUCUGCUACCGCAUGGAAAGUGGUACCGGUGCGCCAAGUCUAUGUCUAAGAGGCUCCUGAUCAGCUUCUACCACCAAGCCAUAAGAAUGCUGAACAAUGAAUCAAAUGACCUCCCGAACUAUUUACAUUGACCUCCCGAACUAUUUACAUUGACCCCCCGAACUAUUUACAUUGACCCCCCCUCCAUUAUUUUUACACUGCUGCUACUCGAUGCUUAUUAUCUAUGCAUAGUCACUUUGCCCCUACCUACAUGUACAAAUGACCUUGACUAACCUGUAACCCCCACAUUGACUCUGUACCGGUAUCCCCUGUAAAUACCCUCGUUAUUGUUAUGUAAUUUUCUUACUUUUUGAAUAAUUUUUUAAACUUGAGUUUAUUUAGUAAAUCAUUUUCUUGAACUACAUUGUUGGUUAGGGGCUUGUAAGUAAAGCAUUUCACGGUAAGGUCAACUACACCUGUUGUAUUCGGGAGGAUGUGACAAAUAUAGUGCAGCAUUUGGUAGAUGCCAGGUAGAGAGAGGCUCAGAGAUUAUAGAAUGAGUCAUGAUGUAUAGUAUGCAGAGGCUGUUAAAACAGAUUGGUGGGACUACAGCGAGGACUGAUAGAACAACUGUACUUAAGGUUGGUUGUGUUUCUGCUGGUUUGGAAGCCUGUUCAGAAAUCUUGCUCUCAUGAAUGUCUGGUGUCA